AUGGAUUCAAAGUCGCAGAGUCGAGUGCGAGCUGAAGAUAGGAUCAGUGCAUUACCAGAUUCAGUUCUUUGUCACAUACUUGCUUUCCUUGAGACAAAAUCUGUUGUGAGGACUAGAGUUUUGUCUACAAGGUGGAAGAACAUAUGGGCUACUGUUCCCAAUCUAGUAUUUUACCAUCUACCUCACUCCAUAACUGCUAAUUUCGUGGCCUUUGUCAAUCGCAUACUUUUCUUUCGUGACUCAUCAUCUGCCAUUCAAAAGUUCCAUCUUCAUUUCACUUCUUGCCAUGCAGAGGAUUUCAUUCACAUUGAUAGUUGGAUUCGCACUGCAAUUAUGUGUCAUGUUGUUGAGAUGUAUCUUUAUGUAGACUCAUAUGAUUGUGAGCUGUUUGAGUUGCCUGAAAGCCUUUUCACAUGCAAAACACUGAAGGUUUUGACCCUGAAGUCGAACUUUAUCACCAAUAUUCCUACAUCAGGGUGUUUUCCAAAUCUGAAGUUCCUUCGUUAUACAGUUGAUUACCAAGCUCCUAAAGACUCAUCUAUCUCGUUGCCAGAACUGAAGACCUUAAAUGUGAGUUUAACAUCUACAUGUGAUUUUCGUGAGGCUUCCAAUUUUUCUAUCAAUGCACCAAAGCUUGAAAAGCUUGAUCUCAUGGAGGGUGUUUUGUCGAAUUUUAUCUUGGAGAAUACAAAAUCUCUAGUCAAAGCCAAUAUCCAUAUCUAUUUUCAUGAUGAUGAUGAGCAAGAUGCCUCUGCUAACUGUGCAACUAAGUUUCUGGCAGGAAUUUCUAGUGUGCAAUAUAUGUCUCUUUCAUCUCAUUUCUUUCAGGCUUGUUCUCCGCCAGCUUUUGAUAAUUUGAGAAAAUUGAAGCUGAUUCUUCAUCAUUGUUGUGACGGUUGGGAAUUGCUGAUAAAGUUGCUGGAGAGAUCACAUAAUCUAGAAUGUCUUGUCUUAGAACAUGAGGGUCAUCGUCAACCUCGCAAUCUCACAGAGCAAGAAAAAAAGGGCAUAAGGAUUAAACUUCCGGAAGACUUCAAACUUGUAGAGUUCCCAGCUGAGGUUCAAUGGAGUCCACCGGAGUCUGUUCCCAAGUGUUUGUUGUCAUCUCUCAAGAGUAUCUGCAUAAUGGGGUUCAAGGGAAAGGGAAUGUAUGGACAUCUAGAUGAGAUGGAAGUGAUCAAGUAUUUGUUAACAAAUGGUCGAGUUUUGGAGAAGAUGACUAUUUAUACUCCUGGUCUUUUCAUGUGCACAACAGAGGACUUCUACAAGGAAUUUUCAUUGUUCGGGUGGGGAUCGAAGACUUGUGAAGUUGAGAUUGUUAGGAAGAUAUUUUAUUAUGGUUAG